AUGGCGUCGUCGACUACACCCCCCACGCCCUUCUCCGUCACAGGCAAGACGGCCAUCAUUACCGGCGCAGGAUCUGGCAUCAACCACGCGUUUGCCGAGCUCCUCCUAUCCCGAGGCUGCAACGUGGUCCUUGCCGACCUCGCCCUCCGCCCGGAAGCCCAGCAGCUCGUCUCCCAGCACGGCGACAAGGCAAAGAGGCCCCGGGCCGUAUUCGCCAAGACAGACGUGACGUCCUGGCCAGACCUCAACCGCAUGUUCGAAGUGGCGGCCGCGGAAUUCGGAGGCUUCGACAUCGUCUGCCCCGGAGCCGGUGUCUACGAGCCGCACUGGUCCAACUUCUGGCACCCGCCAGGAUCUCCCGAGAGCAGGGAUGCCGUCGACGCCGGCCGCUACGCCCUCCUGGACAUUAACCUGACGCAUCCCAUCCGGACGACCCAGCUCGCCCUGCAGUACUGGAUCCAUCCUCCAGCCGGUGGCCCCCGCUCCGCGCCGGCGCCGGCACCAGCGUCCGUCGACAACCCGAAGCGAGUCGUGCUCAUCUCCUCGGUCGCCGCGCAGAUACCGACCUUUCGAGCUCCGCUGUACGGCGCGUCGAAGCACGCGAUUACCGGAUUCACGCGGUGUCUGGCCGACCUCGAGCCAAGGCUGGGCGUUCGCGUCACCGCCGUGGCUCCGGGCCUCGUCAAGACGCCCAUCUGGACGGAACACCCGGAGAAGCUGGUCAAUCUUGACCCGGAAAAGGACGGCUGGAUCGCCCCGGAGCAAGUGGCCCGUGUCAUGGUGGAGUCGAUGGAAAAGGAGACAAUCGCGGGCGGAACCGUGCUGGAGAUUGGGAGGAACAAGACGCGGCGGAUCCAAGUGUACAACGAUGCUGGGCCGGAUUUUAGCGCUGGCGGGGGGAUAGCCGCCAGCAGGUCGGACGAGGGCGACAAUAUGGUCUGGGAGUGGCUUGGAGAUGAGAGAAUUUGGGCUGUUCACGAUUGGGGCAACGAGUAG